AUGGUGUUGAUGCAGGACAUGUUCAAAUGGAGGCUUCAAAAUCUUCAAGAACAAGAAGCUAGUGAGAGUAAAAGUGAUGACUUGGAUGAGAGACUAGAAGAAGACUCCGAAGAAGAAGACGAAGGAAGGAACAAUCAAACGGGUACUGGUUUUUGGUCGGCAUGUACGGAUAGAUUUAAUAACCUUAUGGGGGAAGGCCCCUACCGUGAUCUCGAAUCCGUAUCGGGCAAGUGGCGGAAAAUGAACAAGUGCGUGAAUGAUUUUAUCGGGAUUUAUAACCCACUUUACAUCAAUUGUCCUAGUGGGAGUAGCGACGAGGACGUUCUUAACCUUGCCAUGGCUAGAUGGGAAACAAAAAAUCCGCCUUUCCCGCACCUCCGAGCAUGGAACAUUUUAAGGAAAGAACCUAAAUGGGCGCCGAUUCCAAAUGAGGUCACAACCGCCAAACGGACUAAAACUUCCGAGUCCGGAAGUUAUAGUGCGGGAGGCUCCACCGCUCGUUGUCAAAUCGACAUAAACGACGAACCGAAAUAUGAGGAGGAGCCCGUUCACGAGAUCGAACGUCCCGGAAGAAGGGACAAAGCAAAAAAAGAGGCGGCCGGAAAGCGAAAAGGGGCCGGCUCGAGUGGAGGGGGCGGCUCGGGUGGAGGUGGCGGAUCGAAGGCGUCUUCGAAAAUAGACGACUUAAUUUCCGAAUUCCGUUCGUUUAAAGUUUUUGCGGCCGAAAAAUAUAGUCACAAGAAAAACGUGUCGGCCGACUAUGCUCGAGCGGAGGAUUUUAGGAUAAUGAGGUUGGAUCUCGACUCCGUUCCGGAGGAUGAACGAGAGGUGUAUCGGAGGAUGAAGGAAGAGGUAAAGAAAAAAUGGACGUCGUAG